AUGCAUUGGUGGCUACUCUUAAUUUUCUCAUUAUCCUGCGAGGGAUUGCAGGAGCGUGAGUUACUGGAACUCGACUUGGAUUAUGGGGUGGCGGAACCGCGGCGCACUUCGCUACUGCAGAGCAGCCUGAUAUUGCAAUUCGCCCAGGACUACAAGCACAUCCCCAGGAUAACCUACUUCACGUGCCAGAAGCCCCAUUCGCAGACCCCAACCCAUCCAAACCAAAUCCCCAGUGCUGCAGAAAUACGCGACGCCUUCGCGGCGAAGAAUUUUGAGCUGAUUAAGAGUCUCUACGAGAGCGAGCUCUUUGUGCGGAUUGUCCUUCUCGAUGUCCUGACCCAGGCGGCUCCUACUUCGCCGAGUGGUCGACCCAACCGACCGGGCGCCUUCAGCCAGUCGCCCAGCCAGGCGCACAGCAAUUCCGAGUGGCUGGAGAACGUCCUGCGGAUGGAAGCCCUCAGGCAAAUUGCGGUCGUGGAUCUGGCAUGCGGCGCCCUCAGUCGACGAUUUCUCGAGCUGGCUUCCGCCAAGAUGCUCUACAGCGAGAAGUUUCACUGGCUAUUGAUAGAGGAUUUCGCCUGGCAAGGAAGGCCGCAGACAGCCGAAGGAACUCCGAAACGGGACGAUGAGAAGGCCGAGGAGAAGCCACCGGGACAGCAAAUUCAGACGACUGAUGAUGAAGACCUGCCCUCCAUCGAGAGCUUCUUGGGUGGAAUGAACCUGUACAUGAACACCGAACUCACUCUGGCCAAGCGAAUGUCCGAGGCUGCCCACUACGCCCUCUUCGAUGUCUGGAACCCCGGACUCAACUACGGCGGACACGUCAAUCUGACCGAAAUUGGCAGCUUCACGCCGUCAGAGGGAAUCCAGUUGCACACAUGGUUUCGGACCACGUCCACAGUUCGUCGCAGGAUGGACAUGCAGCACGCCAGGUUGCGAUGCAUGGUUGUGGUGACCAACAAGAACAUGACGGGCACCCUGAUGUACUACCUCACGCACACGGUUUCGGGUCACAUCGACACGAUGAACCGCUUCAACUUCAAUCUGCUGAUGGCAGUGCGCGACAUGUUUAACUGGACGUUCGUCCUUUCGAGGACGACUUCGUGGGGAUAUGUGAAGAAUGGUCGCUUCGACGGAAUGAUUGGGGCGCUUAUUCGCAACGAGACGGAUAUUGGUGGGGCACCGAUAUUCUACUGGCUGGAGAGGCACAAGUGGAUCGAUGUGGCCGGUCGCAGUUGGUCGAGUCGUCCUUGCUUCAUUUUCCGACAUCCGAGGAGCACACAAAAGGAUCGUAUCGUAUUCCUGCAACCCUUCACCAACGAUGUUUGGGUUUUAAUUGUAGGUUGUGGUGUUUUGACAGUAUUUAUUCUUUGGUUUCUCACCACCAUCGAAUGGAAACUGGUGCCACACGAUGGCUCGGCUUUGAUUAAACCGAAGGGAGGGGCACCUCCUCCAAGACAUCAUUACCAACAGCAGCAACAACAACAGCAGGAGGAAGUGCGUCCCAUUACUGCAAUUUCAGUGGUUGUUAAUGAAGAAAAAGUUGAGGAAAAAAUGGAGGAUAGUGAAGAUUCAUCACCCAUUGAUGCUGGAACCCUUUGGCAACGCGCUUACCAGAAGCUAAAUAAGUACAUCAAAGAUCGCAAGGCCAAGCAGAAGAAAUCUCCCGAAAGAGUGGGUCUCUUUCUCGAAUCCGUACUCUUUUUUGUGGGAAUUAUUUGCCAACAGGGUCUGGGAUUUUCUACCAGUUUCGUUUCGGGUCGCUGUAUCGUAAUCACCAGUCUGCUCUUCUCAUUUUGUAUCUAUCAGUUUUAUUCCGCUAGUAUUGUGGGCACUCUUUUGAUGGAGAAACCCAAAACUAUAAAGACCUUAAGUGACCUGGUCCACAGUUCGCUAAGUGUGGGCAUGGAGGAUAUUCUCUACAACAGGGAUUAUUUUCUGCACACUAAAGAUCCCGUGUCCAUGGAACUGUAUGCCAAAAAGAUUACUAGUGUGCCCACCACUAAGGAAAAUGAGGCCGAUGAAGAUGAGCCAGUGGAUCCCAAUCCAGCCUCUACAGAUCCUGCUAAAUCCUAUCGCGAUAUUGUUCAUAGUCAUGAAACGGGGGCUCAUGCAAAGGAUAAUGCAGCCAGCAAUUGGUUGGAUCCAGAAACGGGUUUACUUCGGGUUAAGCAUGAACGUUUUGCCUUUCAUGUGGAUGUGGCUGCGGCUUACAAGAUCAUUGCUGAAACCUUUAGCGAACAGGACAUUUGCGAUCUCACCGAAGUUAGCAUGUUUCCGCCGCAAAAAACUGUGUGCAUUAUGCAGAAAAAUUCUCCAAUGAGAAAGGUCAUUUCAUAUGGAUUAAGACGUGUCACCGAAACUGGAAUCCUAACGUAUCACUUUAAUGUCUGGCACUCGAGGAAGCCGCCUUGUGUGAAGAAAAUCGAGACCUCAGACCUGCAUGUUGACAUGGAUACCGUGAGCUCCGCCCUGUUGAUACUCCUUUUCAGCUACGGCAUCACCCUAAUGAUUCUGGCCAGCGAGAUUCUGUACUCGAAAUGGCAGUAUCGCCUCAUAAUCAGACUCAAUUGA